GAGACAGUACUCCGGAGUUUCUCGUCAGUCGAUCGGCGAACUUCGACCACGAAGGUCGUCUGAACGCGGCGAUAAAUGCAACGCGAAUAUUCGCCCUUCGCCGCGAGUGCAAUGUUCUAAUUGCAAUUAUAAAUCUGAUGGAUCGCACGAAGGACAAUGAAUUCCCAUCGAGCUCGAUCUUACACGCGAAUAAACGGCUUUUGGAGCUGGACCUCGAUUUUUUGGAAAGAAGAGGCGGAAAUACAAUAACUUACGAAGGCGCCGAAGGAGGAUCGAAAGAGGAGGACAGCCCCGCGGACACAUUAGAUCGCGUUAAGGUCAUCUUCCUGGGUGCACCCGGCGUGGGAAAGACGAGCAUAAUCCGACAAUUCGUCUGGAGCGAGUUUUCCGAGGAGUACAGACCGACCGAGAAGCGGGAGACGUUUUAUCCGAGCGUGGUGCUGGCCGAUCGAUUAUACGAAUUGAAGAUCACCGAUCUGCCUACCAUCCCGUACUUCCCGGUCAGCUCGCACCUGGAAUGGACGGACUUCCGUUAUUACGGACUACGGAGCGCGACAGCGUACGUGCUCGUGUUUGAUCUCAGCAAUCAGGACACGUUUCAGUACAUCAGAACGUUACGCGAGCAAAUCUACGAGGCGCGCGACAUGAGAGGCGUACCCCUGCUGGUGGUUGGGAACAAGCAGGACGAACUGUCGCAGACCGUCGCUUCCGGGACCAGGUACCGAGACAUCGUGAACCUCGUCCGGAAGCAUUGGAGAUGCGGUUACGUCGAGUGCAGUGCCAGAUUUAACUGUCGCGUGGUGCAGGUUUUUCGGGAACUGAUGAAGAGCAUACAGGCCAUAGAAGGUAGGCCGAACUCGCCGUCACCCGCGGCGACGCAACCGAUGCGAGCCCAUCCACACGACACCGGCGAGAAGUGCAUUCUUCUCUGACAUUAAGACUAGACCCGCUUCCCCGUUAUGAGGCAGUCGAUUAUACAAUGCAUCGUGUCGUAUCGUGUGCCACACUUGUCCGCGAGCAAUGAAACCAUCAGAGCGACGAGGACUCGCUCGAUCGAAGAAGAGCACGUCGCUCAAGAGUCACGAGAGAAACGAGAGCGGCGGACGUCACAUGAAGGUGACUCUUCUAACGACUGCAAGUCGAACGUGUGUGCGCAAUUACGCGACCGAGUGGACGAGCGAUUUUGAAAUAAGCGACAAUAAUAAUCGAGAUUUACGUCAACGGUGAAUCCGCUGCGACACGCGAAUUAAUCACCGCUUGAAUCGUAUAUAUCGGAGAUUUCGUAAUCCAGCGAGGGGUGGGGGGGAGAGGAAGGGUCUUGUUCGCUGAAAUCUCGGCAAGGACGAAGUUUUCAACGGAAAGGAUCUGACUCCCCCUGCAGUAUUCACCUUUUUGUAUUCACAAUUGCAUUAGCCGCACGUUUAACGAUUUUCCUUUCGCAUAGACCGUCGAUUACGAUAUUAAUUGCAGUAUAUUACGAUGAUAAGAAUUAUAAUUUUUUAGACAAAUUCAAUUUCAAGCAAUAAAAUUACUUUCGCGUGUCUGUCGAAACUACGUGUGUACUACCGAUUUUCAAUGAGUUUCGUUCUCCGGACGGAACGGGAUCGUGCGUAGAAAUUAACACAUGUGUUAGAGUGUUCGGAAGAACAAUUAUUAAAUAGCGUAAAAACGUUAGAAAAAAAAGCUAUAUACGAUACACUAAGCGAGAAGCAAGAAGGUAGCGAAAUGCAGCGCGGAACUCCUCUCAGCUCAACCCUUUCCCGCGUUCGGCCUAAUUAUAUUCACGCUGUAGGUAGCUGGUACUUGGCGAGGACGAAGCAAUAGUAUACAUAUACAUACACACAUAUAUUUUACUAUGCUGUUAAGAGAGUUAUUGGUUAAUCGGUUAUUGAUCUAAUGUUAAGAACGGUCAGUCGAUCGCGUGUAAUCGUUAACAUAUUAUCGAGAUGUUGUAUACACAUAGAUUCUAUCGGCAUGUAUCGUGUGUUAGCGUUGUUACUGUUUAUAUUUACUCUAAGACGGAUGCUACGUGCACGUAAUUUCUACCUUAGGUGUCUCUCUCUCUCUCUCUCUCUCUCGAAAUAAGUCGCCAAUCCCCGGGACUCGUUCACGACGCACCGAGUUUGUCGCCGUUACACACCAGCAAUAGAGUGAGAGCGUCGCCGACGUUAUUAUCUGUUACGUUUGAACGCUCGAACGCACAUGUUAAAAGUGUCACACGAGACAGCGGCAUAUAAAGGAUACGUAAGAUCGCUCAAUUCCAAUUUGCAUAAACGCAAAGUUAACCGGAAACCGAUUUUGUAACGGCUGCCGGCUGCCGGCGCGAGAGAGUGCGACGGCGCCGGCAGCGACCGGCAAAGGGUGGGAUAUGUGAUCCCUCAUUUUGUAUGCACAUGCACGACGUUCACAAUAAAAAGCCAGUGAGACAUUA